CAAAACCGCUCCAAAUUGAUUUUAAAAAAUGCAGUUUAUGUCGAAACCCUUAUUCAUUUGAAACCGGCCUCCAAAAGCACAUUUCUGAAGCGACAAUAACCCCAAAUUGCAAAUUAACCACAAAAGCUGAAAUUAUUGAAGAAAGUUAUUGUAAAGGAUCGAUUUUUAGUACUUCUCAUAUUUUAACUUCAGCGAGUUGCUUCUUAAAUCAAAAAAACCCCGAAAAAUCUUGCGUUUAUCUUCGUUAUUUAAACGUAAAGGAUAAAAUAACAUUUUUAAAAAUGUUUAUAAGUAACAUAACAAUUCAUCAUUGGAAUAAUUUUUCCGAAAAUGAUCUUGCGGUUAUAAAAUUAAAAAAUCGCAUAGAAUUCGACGAUUUAUAUUUGGGUUAUUCAAAAUUACCCGAUGACGAAAUUAAAAUGGGAAAUUUCAAUAAUAAUAACUGUUUCAUAAGCGGUUAUAUAAAAAAUACGAACGGAGAUGUUCAAGUUUAUAGUAUUGAAGUGGAAAUUUUACGAUCCGAUGAAUGCGUGGAUCUCGCCAUCAUCAAUAACAUCACUUUUAUCGAUAAAUCUUGUAAAUAUUGCGUUUUAACACAAAGAACCGAACAAAAAGCUGUUUUAUAUGCGAAUGGUAAAGGAAUUAUUUGCAAGAAUACGAUAAGCGCUAUGAUGACUCCGAUUUUUUACGAGUUUCACAACUCUUUAUUGAUCCCCGUUUUGGAUGUUGGGAAAAAAUCGACUUGGUUUUGGGAAUAG